CUGAGCUCCCCUUGUCGUGAACUGGUCCACCAGUUUUCUUCUUGACACUUCAUGGACGAAGAAAAUCUUCAGUAGAGCUUUCUACCAAUUAACAAUGGCGGCAUCUCUCUGCGACUCGCCUCUGUUGAACCACUGCUCCCCCGUUUCACCCUUCUACACCAAGAGCCUCCUCGCCCACCAAAAGACCCAUGUGGGUUCCUCCUUCCUCGGCCGGAAGUUCCGGCAAAGUAUCAACCUUGAAGCCAGAACGUCGAGAUCUGGCAACAAUGGGAGGCGGAAGGUCCGGGCAAUGGCUUCUCUUGGGGGCCUGCUCGGUGGGAUCUUUAAAGGGAAUGAUACAGGGGAGUCCACCCGGCAGCAGUACGCGGGAACUGUGGGCGUGAUUAAUGGUAUGGAAGUAGAAAUGGCUUCGUUAUCGGAUUCGGGAUUGAGGGAGAGGACUCAAUUGUUGAAGCAGCGUGCCCAGCAGGGUGAAUCCUUGGAUUCUCUUUUGCCUGAAGCAUUUGCCGUGGUGAGAGAGGCUUCAAAAAGAGUUCUCGGCCUUAGGCCGUUUGAUGUCCAAUUAAUAGGUGGGAUGGUUCUUCAUAAGGGUGAAAUAGCUGAAAUGAGGACUGGAGAAGGGAAGACCCUUGUCGCAAUACUGCCAGCUUAUUUGAACGCUUUAAGCGGGAAAGGGGUUCAUGUUGUUACCGUCAAUGAUUAUCUUGCUCGGAGGGAUUGUGAAUGGGUUGGACAAGUACCGCGUUUUCUGGGACUGAAGGUUGGCCUAAUCCAGCAGAAUAUGACAAGCGAACAAAGACGGGAAAAUUACUUGUCUGACAUCACGUACGUCACCAACAGUGAGCUCGGCUUUGAUUACUUGAGAGAUAAUCUUGCCACGAGUGUUGAGGAGCUUGUUUUAAGGGGUUUCAAUUACUGUGUCAUUGAUGAGGUUGAUUCUAUCCUCAUUGAUGAAGCAAGAACCCCACUCAUUAUAUCGGGACCAGCUGAGAAACCAAGUGAUCGUUAUUAUAAAGCUGCAAAGAUAGCCACAGCUUUUGAACGGGAUAUACACUAUACUGUUGACGAGAAGCAAAAGUCAGUUCUACUUACAGAACAGGGAUACGAGGAUGCAGAAGAAAUUCUAGAUGUAAAAGAUUUGUAUGAUCCACGGGAACAGUGGGCCCUAUAUAUUUUGAAUGCAAUUAAAGCUAAAGAACUAUUUCUAAGAGAUGUAAAUUAUAUCAUCCGUGGAAAGGAGGUUCUCAUAGUGGACGAAUUCACAGGUCGGGUUAUGCAGGGAAGGCGAUGGAGUGAUGGACUUCACCAAGCAGUUGAAGCAAAAGAAGGUUUGCCUAUUCAGAAUGAAACUGUUACUUUGGCUUCGAUUAGUUACCAGAACUUCUUUCUACAGUUCCCGAAGCUUUGUGGAAUGACGGGUACGGCCGCAACUGAAAGUGCAGAAUUCGAGAGCAUAUACAAGCUUAAAGUCACAAUUGUGCCAACAAACAAGCCCAUGAUAAGGAAGGACGAGUCUGACGUCGUUUUUAGGGCAACAGGAGGAAAAUGGAGAGCUGUUGUGGUGGAAAUAUCUAGAAUGCAUAAGACUGGUCGUCCAGUUCUUGUCGGUACUACCAGUGUUGAACAGAGUGAUUCUUUGUCCCAACAGUUGCGAGAAGUUGGUAUACUUCAUGAGGUUCUGAAUGCAAAACCAGAGAAUGUGGAAAGAGAGGCAGAAAUCGUAGCACAGAGUGGUCGUCUUGGGGCAGUUACAAUUGCCACCAAUAUGGCUGGCCGUGGAACUGACAUAAUUCUAGGUGGUAAUGCAGAGUUUAUGGCAAGGUUGAAGCUUCGGGAAAUCUUAAUGCCGAGAGUUGUUAAACCUGGUGAUGGAGUUUUUGUCUCAGUGAAGAAACAAGCUCCAAAGAAGACAUGGAAGGUGAAUGAAAAUUUAUUCCCGUGCCCACUAUCUAAUAUAAAUACAAAAUUAGCCGAGGAAACUGUUGAAGUUGCAGUAAAGAGUUGGGGUCAGAGAUCACUAACUGAGCUUGAAGCGGAGGAACGUUUAUCGUAUUCUUGUGAAAAGGGUCCUGUACAAGAUGAAGUUAUAGCUAAGCUUCGUAAUGCAUUUCUCGAGAUUGCCGAAGAAUACAAGGUUUAUACCAAUCAGGAGAGGAAGAAUGUUGUGGAAGCAGGAGGACUUCAUGUGGUUGGAACAGAGCGACAUGAAUCUCGCAGGAUUGACAAUCAGCUACGAGGUCGAAGUGGACGACAAGGGGAUCCUGGUAGUUCCCGCUUUUUCCUCAGUCUUGAGGAUAACAUCUUCAGAAUCUUUGGAGGAGACAGAAUACAGGGUUUAAUGAGGGCCUUUAGAGUCGAAGACCUACCCAUUGAAUCAAAGAUGCUGACAAAAGCUCUUGAUGAAGCUCAGCGGAAAGUGGAGAAUUACUUCUUUGAUAUUCGAAAACAAUUGUUUGAGUAUGAUGAGGUUCUGAACAGCCAGAGAGACCGCGUUUAUGCAGAGAGAAGGCGAGCCCUGCAGUCUGAUGAUCUCCAAUCACUUAUAGUCGAAUACGCUGAACUUACCAUGGAUGAUAUCUUGGAGGCAAAUAUCGGUCCUGAUGCUCCUGUUGAAAGCUGGGACCUGGAAAAGCUCAUCGCGAAACUUCAACAGUAUUGUUACCCAUUGAGUGAUCUCACUCCAGACCUGCUAAAAAGCAAAUCAUCUAGUUAUGAAGAAUUGCAGGAUUACUUGCGACUUCGAGGUCGUGAAGCGUAUUUUCAGAAGAGGGAAACUGUCGAGGAACAGGCGCCAGGUUUGAUGGCAGAAGCCGAGAAGUUCUUAAUCUUGAGCAACAUCGAUCGCUUGUGGAAGGAACACUUGCAGGCUCUUAAGUAUGUUCAGCAGGCUGUCGGUUUACGAGGGUAUGCUCAGCGAGACCCGCUAAUCGAGUACAAACUAGAAGGCUACAAUCUUUUUCUUGAUAUGAUGGCACAGAUCAGAAGAAACGUCAUCUACUCCAUAUAUCAGUUCAAGCCAGUGCUGGUAAAGAAAGAUCAAGACCAGAAUGAGAAUGGGAAACCUGAGAAGACUGUUACCAAUGGCAGGACUGGUAAUAAACCCAAGUCGGUGGGAACAGUCGAGUCAUCCUCAUCUACUGCAAGUCCCCAAGCAAGUGCAUAGUUUAUGAUUGAGAAGCAAAUGUUUUUAGGGAAAUGCAGUUGAAUAGAAAUCACACGACCAAGUCUUGUUAAGUAUGGUGAGCAUGACAUUGUAAAGCGACGACCAAUAAACUGAGAAAUCAAAAUGGUUGAUUGUACCCUAUGCAGAAAACAGCAAUCUAUUUACAUAAUUUCAUGUCUGUACAGAUAA